AUAUUUAGUGUGACCACAUCAAGUUGCAUCAAGAUUAAAGAAGGAGACAUCAUUGAUGAACAAAUGGAUGUUCUAGUGUGUGUGUUGGAUGAAUCUAUCAACUUAAGAAAGACACAAAUUGGAAAGGCUUUUAUCAGAGCUGUCCCUGAGCUGAAUGACAGACUUAAAAUAAUCCAAAGAGAUAACCCUGAUUCAGAUGUACUUACUGUCCCUGGACCUUUUUCAAAUCCAUAUACAUCUUGUCUUGCAAUUUGCGGCAUAGUUUUAAGCAAAUGGGAUGAAGAUAAAUCACCUGCUUUGUUGGAAAACAAAAUCAUCAAAAUUUUAGAUGAAGCCAUCAAGCUGGGAGCCAAGUCAAUGGCAUUUCCUGCCUUAGGUCAUGGUAGAAUGUUCAAAUUUCCAUCUGAUAAAGUCUCUCAAAUAAUGGUAGACUCUUUUGUGUCACACCUAACAUCAAAUCCAGAGCUAAAAGAAAUCUGUAUUGUGUCUAAUGAUGAAGAAAUGCACAUCAAUUUCAAAUUAGAGGCAGAGAAAAAGUUGCAAAAAUUCUCUCGUAAUACCUGUACUGUUGAAGACAACUCUGACACAGAGGAUGACAUGGAUCAAGACAUGGGUGAAAACAUUGUCAUUGAUUUAGAAGAAGCUGUUAAUACAGAAAUCUCUGUCACAAUUGCUAAAACAAACAAACCAAAUGGUACUUUAAAAAGUUUAAUUAAACUGAUCAGAACACAUUGUUUACACUUUGAUUACAUUGAAGAUGAGUUGCUCCCUGUAAUAUCACAAGAUGUUAAAAAGAAAGUCCAGAGAUAUGUCAUACAUUUAAGAAUUCCUUCAGAUAAGAAGAUAAUAGAAAUGAAAGGUUUUUUACUUCAUAUUGUUGAGCUAAAAGCUUUUAUCACAUGUGAACUGGAUAAAAUUCGCAGUACUCUACAAAAUCAUACAAUUAUAUGUGGGGAAAAACCUCAACGAGGUACAUUGGAAUUUGUACAGUAUGCAUCAACCAUAACCGAAAUGUGUCCAUCCUACUGGAAAGUUUUCAAAGAUCCAUCAUUUCUGCGACGAUUAGUAAACAAGGUUUAUCCAUCUAAACACAAAAAGGUACAAGAGAUUAUUGUCUGUGUAAACAACGAGACAAAAAAAGCUGUAACUGACCUUUUUAUAAAGACAUGGGAUCCAAAAAAGACAGGAAUAGGUGUGGAUGCAAUCAACUUGAUACCUAAUACAACUGUAGAAGUAUUAAAUGUGGAAAGAGUUGAGAAUUUUCUUCUUUUUGAACCGUAUGCUAGUAUAAGAAAAAGUUUAUUUGACAAAUAUGCCAGAAUGGGGAAGCUUUGUGAUGAUUUCAGUUCUACGUUACCCAGGGGUCAGAUAAAAACCACAGAACUAGCUGAAGACUUUCUCAAGGAGCAGCUGUAUCAAGACGUUAAUGAGCAUUACCUAUUUCAUGGAACAAAAAAAGACCUUAUUGAAAAGCUAACACAGUGUGGCCCUGACCCUAAACUUUGCACCCAUGGAAUGCUAGGAAGAGGGGUGUACUUAGCAGAAAUGUCAACAAAGUCAGACCAGUAUGCA